AUGUUGCACGGCUGCUUCUACCGAUUCGCCGAAGAUACCCGGUCUCUUACAACAAAAUACCUGCCUCAAAUCGGGCUCGACACGCAGGCGACUAUCCUCGCUACCAAUUCGCGAACGACCGUCUCCCAGACUUUUGUGAACCCCUCAUCAACGGAGGCCAUCCCCGAAGUCUUCUACUCUUUCCCACUCUAUGAAAGCUCCAGUAUCGUUGGCUUCACUUGCCGCGUGGGCGAUAAUGUGAUCGAGGGGACAGUGAAACCAAAGGCGAAAGCAAAUGAAAUCUACGAAGAAGCAAAGUCCAAGGGUAGAAAUGCUGCCAUCCUCGAUCAGUCGGUCAAUGCAGCGGAUGUUUUCAGUACACGCCUGGGAAAUGUUCCCGCGGGGGUCACUGUUCUCAUUGAAAUCACUCUCAUUCAAAAGCUAUCCCAAGAUACCCAAACAGAUGGCAUUCGCUACACGAUCCCUGUCACCAUCGCACCUCGAUAUGGAAAUGGGAGCGGCAAGUCAGACGUGCCCAAAGGCGUUCUGGUGAAGACAGCAAUCAAGGUGGACGUCGUCAUGGAGAAGGGCUCUAAGAUCCGCAACAUUCGGUCACCAAGCCACCCCAUUCAGGUAGACUUAGGCCGAGCGUCCGAUAUGCCCGAGUCAACAUUUGAGUCUUGCUACGCCUCAGUCAAGCUUCGCGAGAAUGUGGUCAUUGACGAGGACUUCGUUCUCACUGUCAACGCGGAUAAGCAUGACCUUCCCUUUGCUUUCCUGGAGACGCACCCUACAUUGCCAAACCAGCAGGCACUGAUGCUCUCUCUGGUACCGAAGUUCAGUCUACCGCCGGACGCGUCCGAGAUUAUCUUCGUCAUUGACCGCAGCGGAAGCAUGGUAGACAAAAUUCCCACCCUGCUAUCGGCUCUCAAGCUGUUUCUCAAAUCCCUUCCACUCGGUGUGCCUUUCAACAUCAUAUCAUUUGGCUCUGAACAUAAAUCUCUUUGGCCACGAAGCAAGAUGAGUAGCAGAGAGAGCCUAGAGGAGGCUCUCAAGCAUACAAAGAGUGUCCGAGCCAACAUGGGUGGGACAGAGAUAUUGGGAGCUCUUCAGGCAGCCGUGGAGAAUCGGUACAAAGACAAGGUUCUUGAGGUUCUGAUCCUCACCGAUGGAGAGGUCUGGAAUCAAGAUGAAAUUUUCGAUCUUGUCAAUCGAGAGAACCAGGAGAAUUCUGCGCGGUUUUUCACUCUCGGUCUUGGGAACAGCGUGUCUCAUUCCCUCAUCAAUGGCAUCUCCCGAGCGGGCAAAGGAUUCUCCCAGUCAGUUCUUAACAACGAGGAUCUGAACAAGACGGUGGUCCGGAUGUUGAAAGGCGCUUUGAUGCCACGACUGCGCAACAGCAAACUGGAUAUGAACAUUCCCGAACUUGAAGACUUUGUAGAAGUUGAAUUGCCUGGAGACGACAAUGGGCAAACUGAGUCCUCUGCAAAGCCAAUCUCCUUUUUUGAUCAAGACCACAAGGAAAAAGAAGAUGUCGGCGAUGUACAGGAGCCUCUUCCAAAACUUUCUGUUCCUAGCAUCCUGCAAGCUCCGGCCGAUCUCCCGGCUCUAUUCCCAUUCAUUCGCUCCACGAUCUACGUCCUCCUCUCGCAGCCCUCUGAAUCGUUCCCCGAAACAAUCACCCUUCGUGUCGACAGCAAACAUGGUCCCCUGGAGCUGGAAAUUCCCGUCCAGGAUGUUGGCAAGGGCCAAACUCUUCAUCAGCUCGCAGCCAAGAAGGCGAUAACUGAGCUUGAAGAGUCUCGUGGCUGGAUCCACUCCGCAAAGGACGCCGAGGGCAAUCUGAUCAAGAGCAAAUGGGAGAGUCGGGUCGAUGAGCUGGUUCAGAAAGAAUGUGAGCGACUUGGAGUGAUGUUCCAAGUUGCAGGGAAACAUUGCUCAUUUGUGGCUGUGCACGACGAUGACCCCAUGAAUCCUGAACAUAAUUCAAGGACUGACACGGAGUUGGAAUAUGUUUCUUUGCAGAGUGGCCCAGAUCACCAGGCCGGCUACAGGAUGGCAUCUCCUGGGCCUUGGGACAUCAGUAGAAAGAGGCGUCGUCAUUCGGUAGGCGGCAAGAGAAUGAGAAGAGCGGUGGCCACCACGCAAUGUGAUGAGGAGCCGGGCGUGGAUGAGCCCGAAUCAGAUGUUUGUGAAGAAGUGGCUAGCCCUGGUUUCUCCUUUACUAUACCAAGUUACUGCCCUGCUUCCAGCAACGGUGCGCCCUAUAAGCCAGGUGGUGCUUUGAAGUCCGCCCGUGAUGUCAGCGACAAUGAUGAUGACAACGACGAUGCAAGCGUGCAUUCGUCGACGUCUUCGCCCAAGACCAUGCCCUUGCAAAAGCUCAUCAGUCUUCAGACCUUUGACGGCUACUGGGACAUUGACGAUGAGCUUCUUCAGACCGUGGGCCUUGACCCAAGAACUACCCGCGCCAAGCUGCAGAGUCACUACGACUUCUUGAAGGGAAGCAUGGCGACAGAAGUGUCCGCUCUUGACCAAUGGUUCAAGAUCCUUGCCACAUGCCUCGUGUGUCAUUUUCUGGAGAAUAAAGCAUCCGAGUCCAAAGAUGUGUGGGAACUGGUAAAGACCAAGGCGGAUGGAUGGGUGCAAGAUGAAUUGAAUGCAAUGGACUCUACGGAUCAACAAAUCGUGAUGAAACUCAUCGAUGGAUUGGGAUCUUACUUCUGA